AAGCCGCCGCGAUAAACCGUAUGUGCGUAUCCCUCGAUCAGCUGUUCGGUGUUGUUUCCUAGUUGUUUCUGUGUUUUUUUCUGCAUUUGAAUUAGUUUUAUGUGUUGAAGUGAUUCUCUUUAAUCAUCAGGGUAAACAUGGCAGAUGAGAGUAAUUUAUGUGAAGAAAGUCACCACGUGUGUCAGCCGAUUCACACGAUCGAGGAUUUGUUGCAGUUCGAGCAGAACCCCGUUAGUUGGAGAAAUCUGGUGCUGCCGAUAACGCCGCGAUCCAAAUCACGCUACCUAGGUGCAGAAUAUCAGGAGAUCGAUUUCGACGAUGGUGCUGUUGAAUUUGUAGAGGAUCGUGAUAGACCGCAGGUCUUGCUGUGUCAUGAUUUUAAGGGGAACUAUCUGGCGGAUCGAUACAUCAACGGUACCACCGGAGGGCAGUGGGUUGAUUAUCGGUUCUACAACUGGGCAGCGAUUGACGUGUUCUGUUACUUUAGUCAUCACUUUGUGACUAUUCCGACCUUGCAGUGGCUGAAUUGUGCCCACAAAAAUGGAGUCAGAGUUAUUGGAACGUUCAUCAUCGAAGGUGGGAAUGUGAUGCUGUUGAAGGAGAUCCUCCAGUCGGAGGUGUUUCUGAGGAAGGUGGCCGAUGCGCUUGUGACGGUGGCGAAAGUUUGUCAGUUUCAGGGCUGGCUACUGAACAUCGAGUGUACUUUGGAAUCGGAGAAGAUGCCACUCUUGAAGCAGUUUGUGGCGUACUUAACUAGAAGGUCUCAUGAGCAGAUUCCUGGGAGUGAGAUCAUUUGGUAUGAUGCAAUUACGGAGCAAGGAGUACUAAGCUGGCAGAACGAGUUGAACAGUCAAAAUAAAAGCUUCUUCGAAGCUUGCGAUGGAAUAUUUCUGAACUACACCUGGACAAGACAACACCUAGAGCGAUCGGAGAGCAUUAUUCGGAGUCGUUACCCGGACCGUAAACUGGACGUCUAUGUGGGCAUUGAUGUUUUCGGCCGGGGCCAAAAAGCCAAACUGGAUACGCAUGAUACGCUGGCCGCGAUUAGGAAGUUUGAAUUCUCCGUAGCAAUUUUUGCACCCGGUUGGACUUUCGAAUCGUUGGAGGAAUCAAUGCGGCGGGAUCAGCUCGAUCAGGAAAGUUCCAAUCUGCGGUUUCUAAAGCUGAACAAUCGUUUUUGGAACCUUUUGUGGAGGUAUCUUUUCGUUCGAGGACCUAAACAGCUUCCUUUCUAUACCUCGUUUUGUCUCGGAUCGGGCAAAUUACGCAACCGGCUGGGCAAACACGAGUCGGAUUCGUGGUUCAAUUUGUCCCGUCAGUGGUUUCAACCGAGCAUACCGUACACUCCACCGAAGGAGAAUGAACACGACAAUGUCGGUCCAGUUUACUGGACUCACAGCUUCGACACGGCAUUGGAUGGUGGUUCGUGCGUGAAACUCGAGGAAGCGCACCCGAACUGUCGUUUGUUUGCUUGUGAUUUUGCGUGCGAUUCGGAUCUGAUAGUGUCGUACGCGUUUCAGAGGAGCAGUGCCGCGAGUGCCGAUGUUUGCUUGCUACUGAAGGCGUACGAUCGGCGUUAUCACAAUUCGCUGAAGAUAGUGUGCGGUUCAGAUGAGUGCCACGUGAGCGGACGGAAGAAUGAGAUGAAAGCGCACUUGCUGAGCGUGGAAGAUUGCCGCACGCUGCCAAAGUUGAAGGCUGAUAUAAGGCUUCCCGCUAUGACUAACAUCAACGGGUGGGAGAUUAGGUACUAUUACCUAGCCUUUAAAACGCUCGGACAGCCGGUUUCGAUUGUUGAUAUUGGUGUGGAAAUCUGGAAGGAUUAUCCGAAGGACUACAUUCUGCUUGGAGCCAUUUCGCUGCAGGCCGGCUUUCCGACAAGCCGCACUCGCGUCGCCAAGCGCACGACUGUGAGUUUCGACAUGUGACCGACGUGAACGCGGUGACCUCAAGCUAUCAUCAAUUGGUACUAAGUGGCAAUCGACCGGUUCUUCAAUUUGUGCUACACCACAAGCGGACAACUUGUUGCUGCAUUCUGGAAGGUCAUCUGGUUACAAGGCGGGUUUUCUGAUUUAUCUUCUUUUACUGUAAUUAAAUGUUCUGAUCACGGUGUGUGAUCUCCGAGGUCGGUAGUAGCAGCAUUAUCUUUAGUUUAAUUACCAUUUUAUACAUGCCAUUAUACUAUACUUUAUCAUACUGAAAA